AUGUCAGAGACAAACUAUUCCACGGACGGCAACCAGCUUGAAGCAGUGGUACAUGCCCCCCUUCACUCUGCAGCACGUUCUAACAACCAUGCCCAGAUCGAUGUUUCUGAAAAAGAUACCUUUCCACCUACGUCCAUUGGAGCAGGAAAAUUAUUACCUCCAUCCCUCCCGGACUCGGACACUUAUGUUGUCACUUUCGAAGGCCCCAACGACCCACAGCAUCCCUACAAUUGGAACCUCUGUACCAAACUAUCCAUGUCCAUUUUCGGCUGCUUCGGUACAUUCACCGCUUCAUUCAACAGCGGCAUAUUUGCUCCCGGAAGCAGCAGCGCAGCCAAAACAUUCGGCGUUAGUGACGAAGUCGGGAUACUCGGAACAACAUUGUAUGUUUUGGGGUUUGCAUUCGGCCCAUUGAUCUGGGCUCCUACAUCCGAGCUGAUCGGGCGACGAUGGCCAUUAACCGUUGGUGUUUUUGGCGGCGCGAUCUUCACCAUUGCAUCGGCUGUCGGGAAAGAUAUCCAGACCGUCAUGAUCUGUCGCUUCUUCGCGGGCGUGUUCGGCGCUAGUCAGCUGUCUGUGGUCCCAGCACUGCUCUCGGAUAUGUAUGACAACACACAGCGAGGUAUAUCCAUCGCAGUCUACUCGCUUGCUGUCUUCUGUGGCCCAUUCAUGGCUCCUUUUUGCGGCGGGUUUAUCGCGUCCAGCUCGCUUGGUUGGCGGUGGACACUCUAUAUCCCUGCUUUCAUGGGAUUGGCAUGCAGUAUUAUCUUUCUGUUGUUCCUUAAAGAGACGUAUGCUCCGUGUUUGCUGACUGCCAGGGCGGCUGCUCUUCGACGGCAGACUUCUAACUGGGCUAUUCAUGCCAAGCAGGAAGAGGUUGAGGUUGAUCUGAAGGAGCUGGCCCAGAAAUACAUUACUCGCCCACUGAGGAUGCUGUUGACAGAGCCGAUUAUCCUUGUUAUCUCUCUCUAUAUGUCUUUCAUUUAUGGCCUCGUCUACGCACUCCUGGAGGCCUACCCCUAUGUCUUUGAAUCGGUCCACGGCAUGAACCCAGGAGAAAGCGGACUCACUUUCAUCGGCCUCAUCAUCGGCCAAAUACUUGCCUGUGGAUUUAUUGUAUCCCAAAACGGCGUGUAUGUGCGAAAAUUGACAGCGAACAAGAAAAUCCUCAUCCCCGAAUGGCGUCUCUCGCCAGCAAUCAUCGGCGCUCCUGUGUUCACUGCGGGGAUAUUCUGGUUCAGCUGGACUGUAUUCACAUCCUCGAUUCACUGGAUGGUACCCACUUCAGCGGGUGUUCUAAUCGGGUUCGGGAUCUUGUGUAUCUUCCUCCCCUGCUUCAACUACCUCGUCGAUGCCUAUCUCCCUCUUGCGGCCUCCACUGUGGCCGCGAACAUUAUGCUCCGAUCUACCGUCGCGGCCGCAUUCCCCCUUUUCUCCACGCAGAUGUUCAAGAACCUUGGCAUACAGUGGGCGGGGACGCUGAUUGGAUGUUUGGCUGCGAUUAUGAUUCCGAUUCCGCUGCUGUUCAGGGCGUAUGGGCCUAAGUUGAGAGGGAGGAGUAGACUCGGUCUGUAA